CCUUCAACCUUCAAAGCCUCCUCCUUCUCCCCCAUCUCUUCCUUUUCUUCGCUAAAAAUUUUCAAUUUUGGCAACAAUUUUUGCAUUAGAGAGGGAAAGGAGAAAAAAUGUUUGGUUUUGGGGAUGAAGUAAGGAUUGAAAGCUACAGAAUCCCUGGCUGAUAUGGAUCCAAAUAAACUUCCUUCUACUUCUCCUGUUCUUCUUUACGGCUUCAUUCUCCUGGUUUUGGAUCUCCCCGAAACCUCUUCCUCUGAUUCCCAGUUGGCCAUAAUACCCGUUUUCAACCGAAUUACAGCAUUUUCUUCCCAGGUUGUAGAAAAGCAGAGCAUAAAGGGAAAGAUAGGCAUGGCCAGAGGAACAUGUAGAAGGAUGGUAAGCGGAGGAGGAGGAGAAGAGAGCGUAGAAAUGGAGGGAUCUUCAAUCAAGGAACCAAAUGAGAUUAGUUUACAUCAUCCUUGCCAUUAUUUGGGGCUUGCUAAACUAGCUUUUCUCAAGUGUUUGGGUCUUGAUUUAUUGUGUUCUGAUAAUGCUUCAAUUACUGAACAAAUAUAGCAUCUCUUCAUUUUAUUACCUCA